CCUUGCCCUGUAGGGCUAGAGACAAACCACCAAAGCUGCAGGUCCAUUAUUCCACCCUUCAGUUCUGCCCGCUCCCGCGCCUCACUCACCAAACCUGUAGCCAUGGCCCGGAUAAACCUCCCACCGUUGACCCGCAGUUUGCUAGCCUCCAUCAUCAGCUUCACCGUCCUCAACGCCAUUUUGCGUCCAGAGGAAUCCUGGGUCGAGAAGGCAGAGAAGCCCAUAACGAGCGUGGGCGAUGGCGUGCCCUACCUCACGAUCGUUCCCGGCCAGUCCGUUGUAUACCCGUGGGUGCUGUUGACAGCGACCGCGGUCGAGGAGAACUUGCUUGGCUUGAUCAUAACGGGGCUCACCAUCUUCUACGGCGGGCGCUAUCUGGAGCGGGCAUGGGGCUCGAACGAAUUCACAAAGUUCAUCCUGUUCGUCGCAAUGAUCCCUAAUAUCCUCAGCUUCCUGCUCUACGUCCUUGGAUACCUCCUCACUCGAAAUGUGGCCGCUCUAAACACGACCAUCUCCGGCGGAAUCGCCAUACAAGCCGGCUUCCUCGUCUCUUUCAAACAACUUGUUCCCGAGCACACCGUUGCCAUCGCCAAAGGCAUUAUUCGGAUGCGCGUCAAGCAUUUCCCCGCAAUCUUCCUACUCACGAACACCAUAUCUGGCAUCCUUCUGGGUACUGAGACAGCAAUGUUCCUGGCCUGGUUUGGCUUCUUCACCGCCUGGGUAUACCUGCGCUUCUAUCGCAUCAGCCCUUCCAUGACCUCGGCUGCUACGGGCGAUGGUUCCGUCAUCAAGGGCGAUGCCUCCGACACCUUCGCUUUUGCCCACUUCUUUCCUGAGCCCAUUCAGACCCCCAUCGGGCAAGUGGCGGACCAAGUCUACAAUGCACUUGUAGCGUUGGGAGUGUGCACGCCAUUUUCAGCCGAAGACAUUGACGCCGGUAACGAGCAGGCCAGCGCCCGUGCUGAGGGCGGGCUGCCAAGCAUCAUGAACCCGAACGGACGAGGUGGAAAGGGAGGCGCGACGCGCGCAGAGGCUGAGAGGAGGAGAGCGCUAGCACUCAAAGCCUUGGAUCAGAGAUUGCAUGCAGCCGCGAGUAGGGCCGCGGCCCCUGCGCCUCCUGCACCGGCGACGACAUCCUCGCCUGCGAAUAUGCUGGGAGAGACAACCUACGAGCCAGAUAGGCCGGAUGCACCUGAAAAGCCGACUUCAUGAUUGGAUGUGGGUGAUUGUGUCGUUGGAAGGAGCCUGUACGAUUCCCUUGUCUUUCCACGCAUUAUCUGGCGCAGCAUUAUGACUUUGUGGCGCUUCUCUCUCCUAGGUAGACUAUUGUUUUGUU